UUUCUUUCUUUCUGUACGCUUUGUGUGAUGCAAGCUGCUCACCCUCCUUCUGCCAGGAGUGCAAAAUAACACUAACGAGCUCUGCUCUGCUCGCACACCACUCGACCUCCAAGUUGCCCACUCGCACUCCUCGUCUGCUGCUCGGGACAGCGUUCUCGAUUGACAUCGAGCGUGGACACACAGAACGCACGGGCGUCCUGGAGAGAGCGCAGUUGGGCAAGCAUAGAGAGCCGUGGUUUUUUCGUGCUCAUUGGGAUCGUCGGCAGCGUUCGCCCGUCCUGCCCUGGGAUGCUGUAUAAAUAGAAGGUCGUCGCGCGAGCUGUUCUCAUUGCAAAAGAGAAUGGCAUAGGUGGACUGCCCAGAGCUUGAGGGAGUGAAAUGCUCUAGUCUCUGCGAGACUCGGAGAUUUUCCUCUUACGCAGGCGUUGUGGUGUCUUACGUAAUCUUGAAUUUGUCCUCAACCGUACUGCUCUCUCGUGCAUUCUCAUCUCUCUUAGCUCCCUUCAGCUCUGUCCGAGCUAGUUUUCACCAAGUUGUCGUCCGGUGUCUUCCACGACUUCGAGCUCUUCUCGUCGAGGAGGCCUCUGCUUUUCCAACGAGAAAGAGAUAUUGUGCGUUCCAAUCAUCAGUGAGCAGUAUCUUUCUCUUCCUGACUUUCUUCACUGGCGGUGGUCACUGCGUCUCCUGCGCGGAGCACAUUGCGGCUCUGCCCCGAGAGAAUCACAAUCAUCCUCCAACGGGCAAGCAAUUGACCGUUCUUGUUUGGAAUUGGUCAAACUUCCUGAAUGGAACAGUAUGAGAAAGUGGAGAAGAUAGGAGAAGGAACAUAUGGAGUGGUCUACAAAGCGCGUGAUCGUAUCACCAAUGAAACGAUCGCGCUCAAGAAGAUACGUCUGGAGCAGGAGGACGAAGGAGUGCCUAGCACUGCGAUUAGAGAGAUUUCCUUGCUGAAGGAAAUGCAGCACGGAAAUAUUGUGCGUCUACAGGAUGUCGUGCACAGCGAGAAGCGGCUGUAUCUGGUGUUCGAAUAUCUCGAUCUCGAUCUCAAGAAGCAUAUGGACACUUGUCCCGAUCUCGCGAAGGAUCCUCGUCUUAUCAAAACGUAUCUGUACCAGAUUUUACGGGGUAUUGCCUACUGCCACUCGCAUAGAGUUCUUCACCGGGACUUGAAGCCCCAAAAUUUGCUCAUCGAUCGCAGGACCAACGCCCUUAAGCUUGCAGACUUCGGUCUGGCACGAGCCUUUGGUAUUCCGGUCCGGACUUUCACUCACGAGGUAGUGACCUUAUGGUACCGAGCUCCGGAAAUCCUUCUCGGGUCAAGGCACUAUUCCACACCUGUCGAUGUGUGGUCAGUCGGGUGUAUAUUUGCAGAGAUGGUAAAUCAGAGGCCUCUGUUUCCAGGGGAUUCUGAAAUUGAUGAGCUCUUCAAGAUCUUCCGGACACUUGGCACACCAAAUGAAGAAACUUGGCCAGGCGUCACGAGCUUACCUGAUUACAAGUCAGCAUUCCCGAAGUGGCCCCCAAAGAACCUCUCCACAGUGGUACCAGGUCUCGAGCCGGGAGGUAUCGAUCUGCUCGCUAAAAUGUUGACUCUGGAGCCAAACAGGAGAAUUACCGCUCGGGAUGCACUGGAUCACGAGUACUUCAAAGAUAUAGGACCGGUUCCAUAAACUGUCUGUGUUACUGCUGUACCAUACAUACCCCUCUGUAGUUUUUUCCAACAAGGUGCAUCUGUCUUCUGUCGUAGAAAUGAUAUAUUUACAGGAUGAGGUUGGAGACAGAGUGAGAUUGGAGCCGCUUUAACCUCGAUAUCUCUGGUGAAUUAUAGGGGAGAAGUGAUUCUUAGGAGAGAUAUUUUUGUACCUGCAAUCUCUUCUUUGACCUUGCCUCGGAGGGUUUGGCAAGUGUGAUUCUAUUUGUACCCAUUGUCAGCUAUCAGUAGCUAGCGAACAGCAAGUUACUAGACUCGGUGGACAUUUGAUUUUAUCCUAACAUGGAAUGUGAGUGUACCAAAUUUUUUUUGACCGGU